ACAAACAGGCAUGUACCACACACACACGCACUUGUAUAUUAUCCUCGGUGACACAUGUCAAUUAGCUUUUUGGCCUGAGUUUUAUGUAGAUAGAAUGAUUCUUGUUCACGCAGACUGUUGAUUUCACUUUUGUAUUUCCUAUUUGUGAUGAUCUGAACAAAGUGAAACCAGUGAACGAGUGGAAAAGGAUAUGAGUAACUUUGAGAAACCAUUUAUCUUCUCAGCCUUUGCAGAAUGAAGGUUUUGCUUGUUGUCACGGCUCUUGUGGCUCUGGCCAGUGCAGCCAGCGUCUCUCUGGAGGACUUGGAGUUUCGUGCCUGGAAACUGAAGUUUGGUAAGAUCUAUAUGUCUGUGGAGGAGGAGUCUCAGCGUAAGAAUACAUGGCUGGAAAAUCGCAAGCUGGUCCUGGUACACAACAUGCUGGCUGACCAGGGCAUUAAGAGCUACAGACUUGGCAUGACCUACUUUGCAGACAUGGAUAACCAGGAGUACAGACAGUCUGUGUUUAAGGGCUGCCUUGGAUCAUUCAAUAGGACCAAGAGCCACAGUGCAUCUACCUUCCUCCGACAGGCAGGAGGAGCUGUUCUGCCAGACACUGUGGACUGGCGGGAAAAGGGCUAUGUGACUGACAUUAAGGACCAAAAGGAGUGUGGUUCUUGCUGGGCCUUCAGUGCGACAGGGUCAUUGGAAGGUCAGACUUUUAGGAAGACAGGGAACCUGGUGUCACUGAGUGAACAGCAGUUAGUGGACUGCUCCUGGGAAUAUGGAAACAUGGGAUGCAGCGGUGGUUUGAUGGAUCAAGCCUUUGAAUACAUUCAGGACAACAACGGAAUUGACACAGAAGAGUCCUACCCUUAUGAAGCCAAUGAUGGGGACUGCAGGUUUGAACCAGACACUACUGGAGCCACCUGCACUGGCUAUGUGGAUAUAAACAGUGGAGAUGAGAACGCUCUACAGGAAGCCGUGGCAACCAUUGGACCCAUUUCUGUCGCCAUAGACGCAGGUCACCCUUCUUUCCAGCUCUAUCAAUCUGGGUUGUACGAUGAGCCUUUGUGUAGCAGCAUGCAGCUGGAUCAUGGUGUCCUAGCCAUUGGUUAUGGCACAGAAAAUGGAAAAGACUACUGGCUGGUCAAGAACAGCUGGGGUCUCGACUGGGGUGAGGAAGGCUAUAUCACGAUGUCCAGGAACAAGAAUAACCAGUGUGGUAUUGCCACAGCAGCCAGCUAUCCUCUGGUUUAAAGAUGUGCACAAUAAAAAUCAAUGAUGUAACAACUA